AUUUGAGAAGAAUUGUAUUUCACCAAAAAGCCAGGAGGUUUGCUUUCUCAAAACAUAGGACGCUAACCUGAACUAUAAAGUGGGCCAAAUGUAUGGAUAGAAAAAGGAAGAGGAAGAACACUGAACAUAGAGAAACAGAAAACCAGUUGUUCCUCUGUGUGGUGUGGGUCCACUGUCAAAAAUGCCAGCUGUCAAAGGUCCUGAGUGUUACACUCCUCCAGAGGGGGGCUGGGGUUGGGCAGUGGUGGCUGGUGCCUUCAUCUCUAUUGGUUUCUCCUUCGCCUUCCCAAAGUGUAUCACUGUGUUCUACAGAGAUAUCGAAGUGAUCUUCAGUGCCAGCACAAGCCAAGUCUCAUGGAUCUCAUCCAUCAAUGCAUCCUUCAUAUAUGCAGGAGGUCCAAUUAGCAGUAUCCUAGUGAAUAAGUAUGGCAGUCGUCCGAUAAUGAUACUAGGGGGUUGCCUCUCGGGAACUGGACUCAUUGCUGCAUCUUUCUGCAACACAGUGGAAGCAUUGUAUCUCUUCGUAGGUGUGAUAGGAGGUUUGGGACUCGCGUUCAAUCUCAAUCCAGCCCUUAUAAUGAUUAGCAAAUAUUUCUACAAAAGAAGGCCGUUUGCUAAUGGAAUUGCCAUGGCUGGUACCCCAGUACUUCUCUCCACUUUAGCUCCUCUGAACAGUUGGUUUUAUGACCAGUUUGGUUGGAGGGGUAGCUUCCUAAUCCUGGGUGGACUUCUGCUCAAUUGUUGCGUAGCUGGAUCUCUCAUGAGGCCUAUAGGGCCAAAACCCAAACCUGCUGUGAAAGAAGUUAGUGCUGAUGGAGAGAAGAAGACAGUGAUGCAGCAUAUCAACAGUCUCAUUGAUCUGUCUCUCUUCAAACACCGUGGAUUCAUCCUGUACCUCAUAGGCAAUUUUGUGCUAUUCUGUGGUAUUUUCACUCCCCUGGUAUUCCUCAGUAAUUAUGCCAAGACCAGGAAUAUUUCAAAUGAGAAGGCUGCAUCACUGCUUUCAGUACUGGCCUUUGUGGACAUGGUGGUGCGGCCAUCCAUGGGAACAGUGGCCAACACCAAAUGGGUACGACCCAGGAUACAGUAUUUCUUUGCAGCUUCAGUUCUGUUUAAUGGUGUGUGCCACUUGCUUGCCCCUUUUGCACUGGAUUAUUUAGGGUUUGUGAUCUAUUCAGCUUUCUUUGGGUUUGGGUUUGGAUGGCUGAGUUCUGUGCUGUUUGAGACCUUGAUGGAUUUGGUGGGAGCCCAGCGCUUCUCCAGUGCUGUGGGCCUGGUCACCAUCAUGGAGAGUGUGCCAGUGUUACUUGCCCCACCCUUGCUAGGAAAAUUUAAUGACAUCUACCAUGACUACAAAUACACUUACAUAAGCUGUGGAAUACUCCUGUUGGUCGCAAGCAUGUUCCUCUUCAUUGGCAUGGGCAUUAACUACAGGCUGCUGGAUAAGGAAGCAAAGGAAGAAGCUAGAAAAUCACACAUGAAAGGAAAUGAAGAAGAAUCCACCAUAGACGAUGCAAACAAGGCUACUAGCAAUGAGACAGCUGUAGCACUGCGAGCAUCUAAUGAUACUAAAUCUGCAGGGGAGUCUGUAUGCAUAAAGUAAGUGAUCUAGUCCAUGAAUGACUAGCAUGGAAAACUGAAUGCAAUUGAAAAAAGAAUAAACUGAAAGAAAACAUUGUAAUCAAUGCACUUUUGCUGCUUAUAUAACCAGGUUAGAGUUUGAAGAAGUGUAUUAAUUAAUUUCAUAUGAUUUUUCUCACAAGUUGAAGUAUGCACAAUUUUCAUUUCACAGUAAUGUAGGUAAAUAUAAGGAAGUCUUAAAUAAACUGAUUGACCUGUUAGUAAAAUUAUAAAUGUGUCAAGACAAAUCAAUAAGAUUAUCACAUUGAAAAGAAAAAGGAGAAAAAAAAUGAAAACCAGCAGGAAAAGCAGGAGCUAGUUUUCCAGCCCUUCACAUGAACUUGCACUGCCUCCAUUCCGCUGGCAGCUCUUUUCUCUAAUAACUGCUGUUUCUAACAGGAAGAAAUCUAAGAGUUGUGGGCAAUACCACAGAUUUUUUUUCCAUUAAACUGUGAAAAUGACCUGUUAAUGUCUCACUAAAACAUUCUUAAUUUUUACUUAAUUUCCAACCAUUUGAUUUAGGUGAUAAUUUAGAUAUUUAAGGAGAUUUUUGCAUGCAGUCAGGAUGUCUAAGGGGUAAAAUGAUUGAAACGAUUCAAAUGUGACAACUGACCCCUUAAUUACCCACCGAAAAUAUUAAUUUUCAGCCAUUAGAUUAAGGUAUAUAAUUAAGCUUUGUGUAUGGAUUCAGGAUUUUUAAGGGGUAAAACUGAAAAUUUCCAUUAAACGUACAUAUAUAUUUUCAGAAGAAACAAGUGAUUUAAUUCUCAAUUUUUAACAAAAAUUCUAAACUAUAACGAAAAUACAUAGAUAUUAUUUAACAAAAAUUGAAUCAACAAAUGAUUCAUUUCAGAAGCCAUUAUAUAACAUAUUUGCAAAAACAAUAAAAUAUUCUAUAAGCAAGAAAAAAGAGAAACAUUCUGAAAUGUGCUUUUGUUUUAUUUUAUUUUUAUUUAUUUAUUUAAAUGCCAGGUCAGCUCUAGACCUUUGAGGACCCUAAGCAAGCCUCAGUGCCUUCCUCAGGGGAGGUUGGGAUGGUGGCAGAAUAAGAAACUG